UUGAUUUCGGAAGCAGAAGCUCACAGGCAGGCCUUUAUAGACUUUUACCGUUUCGUAUCACUUUCGUCUUUUUCAUUUUCCCUCGUUCCUACGUUUUCCUCUCCCUUACUAGGAUGUGAAUGCAAUAAUCACAGUAACCAAUGCUACUUCAAUCCACUCCUCUACCUUCAAUCGAACAACGUUUCCGGAGGCCAAUGCCACGCCUGCCAGCACAACACCGAGGGUAUCCACUGUGAAUUCUGCGCAGAUGGAUUUUACCGGUACCCGGGAUAUGGCAUCGACCAUCCCCAAACCUGUCAACCUUGCAACUGUCACGGCGAUGGCUCGAUCGAUCCGGAAAAGUGUCAACAGUACACAGACCCGCAGCAGAACACAGUCGCUGGGCGGUGUAACUGCAAGGAAAAUGUAGGUGGCGAUAAAUGUGAUCGUUGUCGCGUCGGGUACUGGAACUUCCAGGCAAGCAACCCCAAGGGAUGUGAAGCAUGUCGAUGUCAUAUGCUGGGCACGUGGGAGAACAGUGGAUGUGACCCGAUGACGGGCAAGUGUACUUGCAAGCGUUACGUUGGCGGCGAAUAUUGCGAUAGCUGUCAGCCGGGCUAUUUCAAUCUCACAAGUUCACCCCUUGGCUGUCAACCCUGUGCCUGCAGCCCGUUCGGCGCGCUAGGACCCGAAUGCGACCGAGAGACCGGACGGUGUCAGUGUAAGCAGGGCUUUGUAGGCCGCGACUGUGGCCAGGUAGAGGAUGGCUACUAUGUACGUCCCCCAGAGUUGAUCGUGGAUCAGCCACGUAUCCCUGUGGAUGUGCCUAUUGAAAGCCCCGCCAAGGACGGUUCCUAUGUCAUUGUGCUGGCAAUCGAUCCAAAACAGUUUGGACCCGGGGACAAAUGGACGAUCACUGUCGAGCCGAAGCAGUUGGAUUCUAGGUGUAUCAACCGAAAGUACACAGUGGAAGUGACCAGAGACACCAGCAAAAUAGUUUUACCCGAAGUCUGCCUGGAAGCCGGAAAAAAGACCUUCGUCACCAUCUUUGCCGAACCCCGCGAAUUUUCGCCCUAUGCUUCAGUUCUUUUUGCCGACAUCAUUCUGAUCCCGGACGAUGGGGAUACUGGGCGAAUAGCAGAGUACUGUGAACGGUACCGUUCCCUCUCGGAUCAAAUUGCUCGGGGAGAAGCCGACCCCUCCAGCAUGCCCAGGCAGUGCGAGGAGUACUUCCGUCUGCCGCAUAUACACUGGAACGAGACGGGCAUGGUGACAGUUCACACUUCUUUUUUGCUUUAUGUAGCCUGUGAAUGCAACGUGACGGGUUCCGUAUCGGCGGUGUGUGACAAGAGGACCGGCCAGUGUCUCUGCAAACCGGGUGUUGUGGGCAGAACGUGCUCGCAGUGUGAGCCCUAUCACUUCCAUUUCAGUGCUUCGGGUUGCACAGCCGGUGUCACUGACAUUCUUUUAUUUUCCUACACCCUUAUCUUAUCCAUCUUUCCAUAUUUGUGUGUAGCUUGUGAAUGCGACCCCCAGGGCUCUCUCAGUCGACAGUGCGAUCCUUUGACGAGCCAGUGUCCCUGUCGUGAGGGUAUCGAGGGUCGUCAGUGCAAUCAGUGCCGCAGCGGUUAUUGGGACUUCCCCCGCUGCCGAAAGUGCGAAUGUAACGGCAUGAGCGACACCUGUGACCAAGUAAGUUUCAACUUCCAACAGUCGGCUGGCUAA